GCUCCAGCGCGGGCCCCCGCGCCCCCCAUCCGGGGGGGGCCCGCGCCCCGCGCGCGCGCGCUGAGGGAGCCGCCCAGGGGCACAUGUGGUGGGUGCGAUGGUGGCGCCGGGCACGGCGGGGAGCGCGGGAGGAACCAGGAAGGACUCUGCCAAGGAGGGCUCGCCUCGGGGCGCUAGCAGGGCGGGCAGGGUGCGAAAUUGGCAGGAAGAGGUCACCAGGGACCCGUGGAAGCUGGCGCUGGCCCCGCACGACAUCCAGGCUGACAGGAGGCUGGUGCUGCUCUGCGUGGCGCAGGACGGCCUGGCGCUUCAGCAUGCUUCAGAGGCGCUGCGGGCCGACCGCGUCGUGGUCGCCAAGGCCGUGAAGGUCAGCGGCGAGGCCUUGCGCUACGCCGCCGAGGGUCUGCGCGGGGACCGGAAGAUCGUGCAGGCGGCCAUGCAGCAGAGCUGGAAGGCGUUCCGUUUCGCGACCGAGGAGCUGCGUUCAGACGGUGCGGUUGCGCUUGAGGCUUUGAAGGAGUCUUGGUGGACCGCGGACUUGCUGACCGAUGUCCUGAAGGGAGAUCGCGACUUCUGGCUGAGGGUCAUCAGGUCCGACCGCAGCAAGGGGUGGCUGGCCUUCACUUACGCGGCGGACGCGUGCCGGGGGGACCCAGAGCUGGUGCUGGAGGCGAUCCAGCAGGACCCUCUGUCGUUCAAGUACGCCUCGGAGGAUCUGCGCAACGACCCGACGUUCGUGCUCGAGGCCGUGCGGCAGAACUGGGCCGCGCUGGGCAGCGCGGGGCCCGGCCCCCGGGCUGACCGCGGGGUGGUCUUGGAGGCGGCCGCACAGAGUCUGCAGGCGCUGGACUUCGCCGCGGACAGCGUGCGCCAGGACCCUGAGUUCUACCAGCUGGCCACCGCCAGGAACGCGAGGGCCUUCUCCCUUGCGCCCGACAGCCUGCGGCGGGAGCGCGGGGAGGUCCUGCGGGCGGUGCGCGCCAACCCAGUGGCGGUGAAUUACGCGUCGCCGCACCACAGGCUUGGACGGGGCAACCAAUACGAGGCCAUCAAAGCCACCAUCGGCAAGUGCUCUGGGCUGCUCUGGAGGACGAAGAUACCGCCGCUGACCGAGACGCGGUCAGGCUGGGAGCAGGACACGGCCCCGCUCGAGGGCCCAGAGGCGGGCGCGGAGGCAGAGGCGGCUCCGGCGUCGCCGACGUCGCCGAAGUCUCCGAAGGGGCGCAAAAAAGGCCGUUCGUCACCGAAGAUGGCCAAGCGGAGUGGGUCGAGGUCGCCCAAGAGGGGUGCCUCGAAGUCGCCGAAGGCGGGCGCUUCGAAGUCGCCAAAGUCGCCAAAGGCCUCCAAGUCGCCGAAGUCGCCAAAGGCCCCCAAGUCGCCGCUCACGCCUGGCAGCGCAGGCGGGCGCGGGGCUGGCGAAGAGAAGUCGCCGCCGUCGUCGCCGAAUGGGUGCUUCGGGCUGCCGUCGCCGAAGGAGCGGUCAGGAAAAAAGGAGGCCUCGGUGCAGCUCGCGUAGACGCCGAAGGGGGCUGCGGGGGCCAGGGGGGCCCUCCGUGCGGCCGAAGUGAGCUCUUCACGGCGCGAGGGUGUCAGGGACCUGCGAUAGCUUCACUGUGCAUGUGGCGACUUGGUCGCUCGCCCGAUCCUCCCUCGCGUAGCCUUGGUCCAUUGGUCCUCGCUGGCCUGAGCGAGCGCGCGCGGUCCUUGGGUCGUGGAGGUGCCGGCUGCCUUUUUUCUGUCCUUACUCGACGCGGUAGAGGCGCGCUCAGCGGGGGCCACCUCGUGCCAGGAUCACUUGGCAUCGCUUGGUCCCCGCUGUUGCUCCCCCCGCUUCAGACGUGCUGGUGCGUCCAGUUCCCGCUGGUGCUGGCCCCCUUCCGACGAAGUCGGCCAGGAGCGCUGAGUUUAGAGCCGGGUUUUUCCCUCUCUGGCCGUAGGCUGCCCCGCGAGCGCACCCAGUUUCUGCGCCUGUCCGCGGAGGCUGGCUCGAGCUGCCGAGUGCUCUCGCCGUCGGCCGCCUGGCGCCCCGCCCGGCGCCCCGUGCCUCGCCAGGCGGCCCGGCGCGCCCGUUUCGCCGGCACGCUGGUGCUGUCGGCGCCCGCGCUGGAGCACGCGUUUGUUUUCCACCACCCUCACCAUCGCCCGUCGGCCCGGCGCGCCCGUUUUUCUGGCGCGCUUGUGUCUUAUGUCGGUUAGCGCCGGCGCUCUGGAUAGCCGCGCUCGGGCCCGACUCCGAUGGUGUGUCGGGUCCGAGCGAGCUGGACCGUCGGAUUGGGGCGGGGCGGCUGGCCGUCGACGGACCCUGUGCGGAGGGCAUAGCUCCGUCUCCCCGUCCUCAUCCGCGACGCCUUUCUCCCCCUGAGGUCUGCGCAUCGCACA